AUGACCAUGGCGAGUUUGGAGAGUUUAGCACACAGACUGCUUACCACUGCACUUAUCUAUUUUCUGUUCCUUCAGCUGGCGAUCCGGUUUGGCAUCUUUGGCCCAACAAUUCUCGAUUUGGGCACUCAGUUAGGGGUCAGUCAAUCGCAAAUGUCAUUCGUGUUCUCAGUGACCAGUAUUGGCGUGUGUGUCGGUGCCAUCUCAAGUGGUUUUCUGUUCAAAUGGGUGCCUAAACAAGUGGCGUUGGCAUCAAUUGUGGUGAUGCUUGGAAUAGUCGUCUCUUUUGUCACAUUGAUUCAGGAUUAUUACUUCUUUAUGGUCCUUCAGUUCAUAAUCGGUGUCACAUCCGGUGCAGCCAUUAAUGCCUGCGAGGCUUGGAUUCUGGAGAUAUGGCAGGACUCGUGUCCGCCUUAUAUGCAAGCCUUACAGUUCUUCAGAGGACUCGGCUAUAUAUUGGGUCCUAUUAUUGUGGAGCCGUUUCUUAUACCUGAAGAAGAUGAAGACAUAUCACCGACAUCUAAGUCUAUCAAUCAGACAAAGAUAUCAGGAAUGGUCAUCAAAAUUGUAAUGAAUGGCACGGAAUCGACACCCUCGGAGCUGGAGAAUUAUAUUUAUAUCCCGUAUAUGAUUAACGGACUGAUGCUUGUGUUGGCAGCGAUUCUCGUAUUUUUCCAAUACUUCUAUACUGUCCGCAAGAGUCGGUCAGCCAAUAUGAUGGCCUCAUCCCAGGCCACUAUCAUCUCUACCAUCACUUGUGAGGAUAAACUCUCGCAAUCGAGUGAUGAGAAGAAUGAAAAAGAGUCCAAACGAGAAGAGCCAAAGUUAUACACGUUUUCGAUAAUCAUUUUGUGUUCACUUUUCUACCUCUUCUUCUUCGAGGAAGUGGUCGUCACAUAUUUGGCCUCAUUUUCGGCGAACAUUGACUUACACUUAACCAAAUCCGGGGGCGCUUUCCUUACCUCAAUUUUCAACUUAUGUAAUGUAAUGGGAAAGGGAGUCAGUAUAGUGUUGGCCCUCAAACUCAAUCACUUCACAAUGCUUUACAUGAAUUUGUCGGUUAUUCUCAUAUCACUCGUCGUUCUCAUCAUUUUCUCCAACACUUCACUCGUUAUGCUUUGGUUUGGAGUCUGUCUUCUCGGUGUGGGUCUGUCCAGUAUUAUAGCAUCACUUUAUGCUUUGAUGGAAAGCUCUAUAACUAUGAACUCAAUGGUAUGUGGAGUGUUGAACAUGUCUGGCACUCUGGGCAGUGUAUUUGUUCCGCUGGCGAUAGCCAACUAUAUCGAGUCGUACCCCCUGUCCCUCAUCUACGCCUCCCUCUUCUGUGCCCUCUCUUGUAUCGUCACUUUGAUUGUCAUUCAUGUGUUGAUUGGUUUUCGACAAAAACAACACAAACAAAACCAAUUGAUUGAAGAGAAACCUGUUAUGAAGUUUUGA